AUGGAUUUUGAUUUUAUCGAAGCUCAAAACUCAUUUUUGUUCCUCUAGGAGUAAAAAAAGUUACCAAUAAAAAUGUCCCAUAAGUUAGAGCUUCUUUUAGAAUGCAUCAAUAACUAAGAUAUUGAUACUUCAGUUUUCCAUUCAUUAGAAUUAGAAGAGUGCUAAGCAUUGAUGAAGUUGAAUAAACAAGCUUAAAAGGAUGUGUUUAUGUAGAUCAUUAAAAGAUAUGCGUAUGUAAUUACACUUUAUUAAUUCAAGGAAAACAUGAUUCCAUCAGCUAUUGGAGAAAUCAAAGGAAUUAUUGAUAUCAGAACAAAAGUGUUGAAAAAUUGGAAAUAAAAAUAGUUUAAGAUAGACUCUAAAUAAAGAACCUUUGAAAUAUUGAGAAAAAAGAGCAGUAAGAAGAAACCAAGAAUAAUAUACCUCUAAUAUUACACAGUUUAGCCCUAAGAAUUCAAAGAUAAGCGUUAUCGAUUCGUUAUUCUUGCCAAUUCUGAUGGUCAUGGUUAUUACAAAACAUUAGUCUGUGGAUCAGAUGAUAAAGCACUCUAUGACAAAGUGAUAUAAGCACUUAAAACAAUAUCAUAGUUUUCAGACCAUGUAAUGAGGGGAUCUAUCAUACUUGAAUCUAAUGAUUUUAAUCACCCUAGAAGUAAUACAAACUAAUAAUCCUUCAUUACAACUAGGUAGGAUAUGAAAUUAGUAACUUAAUCUGAAAUCAUUCCGCAAAAGUAAAAUACUAGUAUUAAAAUUACUAAAUAACCUUUCGAAUCAGAUAUAAAACAAAAUCAAUUACAAUAAGAAAAAUAAAAAUAAUGUCAUGUAGAGCAACAAUCGAAUGUUAGUUAACAAUAUUUAUAGAAUGAUUCUCCAGAAAAAUAAUAGCAAUAAAGUAUAAAUAUUUAACAAUCAUAAUCACAACCUAUUUUUAAUUAGAAAUAGUAAAUAAAAUAACAAUACCUAUAAUAAUCCUAAUAAUUUAUUGAACAGCAAUAAUAAUAAUCAUCAACACAACAACAACAACAAUAAUCACAAUUUUUGCAAUAAUAGCAAGUUUUAUAACAAACACAAUAAUAAUUAUUAUUGUUAUAGUAGUAAGAAUAGUAAUAGUAGUAGUAAUAACAUUAACAAUAUUAUUAGUAAUAAUUAUAAUAUUAAUAAAUAUAAUAACAAUAACAAUAACAAUAACAAUAACAAUAACAAUAACAAUAACAAUAACAAUAACAAUAACAAUAACAAUAACAAUUACAAUUACAAUAGUAAAAAUAAUUAGAGGAAUAACUUAAAUAAUAAGAAAAAUUACUUUAAGAAUAAUAAAUUUAGUAAUAAAACCAAUAAUAAGAAUAAUUAAAAUCAAAAUUUUUGGAGAAAGAGCUUUAAUCAAAGUAAAAGAAUGAUCCUGUUUUAGUCAAAAAUGAAUUGAAGUAUCCAUAAGUUUUCCAAGUUUUAUCUGAAGAAGGCAAAUUCAAUUAAGAUUAUUUUGUUCAAUCAACGAAAUAAUUUACUCAAGUUUAUUCUAAAGAUGGAGUGUAAAUUUUAAAGGACUAAAAUAAUUCCCUCUGUUUUAGAUCAUCAUUGACCAUUUAUAAUGGAGAUAUCGAAAAGGUAUUUCAAUGUUUAGCUGAGAUUGAUUUUGUAAAAAAAUGGAAUGCUGUUAUAAAUCCUAAUGAAACUAAAUUAUUAAAUAUGAUGUAGAGCGAGAAUUGUGGGAUAAUUUAUGAAAGACACAAAUAAUAUGGUUUACUAUAUUUGCCGAGAGAUUUUGUUUAUCUUAGAUAUGUAACAUAUAGAGGAGAUGACAUUCUAAUUGUGGAUAAAUCAAUAGAGAAUGAGGACGCUCCGCCAUAUAUGAAAGUGAUAAGGGGGGAAAUUAAUUACUAAAUCAUAGAGAUAGUCAAAAAUGAGAAUAACGUCAUUGUAAGGAUUGAAUCAGAAAUGACAAAUGGUGGUCUAUCAUCUGUAAAUUAAGACAGCGCGAUCACUUAAUGGUAUUUAAGUGAACUUUCACACUUUUAGCAAUUUUUAAAGACCUACUCUGCUGUUUAAGAGAUAAUACAAUCUCCUUUUUUAUAAGUUGUAAAUAAUACAAAAGUAAAUAAAUAAAAGGAAAAUGUAAUAAUCGCUUAAAGAACAUCUACUUUGCCCAAUGAAGUUUAAGUUUUCUCUCCAUAACAGUUAUAAUAAUCACUAAAUGUUUAAUAAUAAUAAUAAUAAUAAUAAUAAUAAUAAGAAGAAUAAUAAUAAUAAUAAUAAUAAUAAUAAUAAUAAUAAUAAUAAUAAUAAUAAUAUUUGAGCAUUCAAUAGCAGUAAUAAUUUUUUAAAUAAGAAGUUUAUUAACCUUCUCCUGUAACUGUUGCUUAUGAAGAAUAGUUCAAAUUUGAUAAAUUAAAUGAAACCCAUCCCAUUACUUUAGAUUAGCUCCCCAUAAUUGCUACAGUACCAGAAACUGUUCCAGUGAUUAUUGAAAAUAAUAAUGAGAUUUAAUAAUACAAUAAAGAUAUAGAAGAUGCAGAUUUAAGUAAUUACACUCCGAGUGAUUUCAUUUAAUAGACAUUACCAGAACUAUCAGAUAAGGAGUCUGGCUAAGUGAAACAAAUGAUAAAAAAUAUCGAGCAAGGUUUUUAUGAUUACACUGCUAAUUGUAUCACUCAUAAGUACGUUAAUGAACCUUAGAAGGUCAAAGAUGAAUAUAUUACUUAGAUUAACGAAGGACAUUACUUUUUAAGAUAAGAUUGGAAAAGAGAUAUGAAACAUGGGGGAAUGAUUUUUUAUAAUCAGAAGAAGAUAGAGGCUUAAAAAAGGGUUAUUAAAUUUAUGUUAAAAUCAAUAGGAUCAAAUCUAUUAUCUGGUAAGUCAAUUUUAAAUAUCUCAUUGCCUGUCGAAGUGUUUGAAAGCAGAUCUAAUUUAGAGAGGUUCUGUUAUUCAUUCACUUUUGCUCCUUAAAUUUUGGAAAAGGCAGCUAAAAUUAAUAAUAUAAUCGAAUAAAUGAAGUAUACAAUUGCAUUUGGAUGCAGUACAAAUUAAUUAUAUAAUUUUAGGUUCAAUUAUAAUGUAUAUGUCCCUAGAGAAGCCAUUCAAUCCUAUUUUGGGAGAAACCUAUUAAGGAUUCAUUAAUGGAUGCCCUGUUUAUGCUGAAUAAGUGAGUCAUCAUCCACCAAUAAGUGCUUUUUAAUUGAAAGGUAGGGGCUACGAUAUUGAUGGACAUAUUGAAUCUGCAGCUAGUAUGCAUGCAAAUAGUGUUACUGGAAAAAAUAUUGGAUUUAUCAGAGUAACUUACCACAAUACACGUUCAAAGCAAAUCUUUAUUCAAUGUCCUGGAGUAUUAACUGGAACUGCAUUUGGAACAAGAGUAUUUAAUAUUAAUGGAAGAUCAUAUACGAUUGAUUUGGUAUUUAUUAAUUAUGAAAAUAAGGAAAAUAAUCUAAUUGCAGAUAUGGCAUUUAAUCCUGGAAGCAAGAAUGUAUUCAAUAAGAAAGACUUAUUGUAAGACUAAUUUAUUGGCUAUUUAUACAAAGUAAAACCUGGAGUAUUAAAUAAAUAUAAAAAAGAAGGAUAUGCAAAAUAUUCUGGAAUUGAUUUUGACAAGGAUGUUGAAUAAAGAGUAAUAGAAUAUUUAAAAUUUAGUUUUUCUCUAUAAAUGGUAUUUGGAAUUAAAUGGUCGAAUUUGAUGGAGUUAAAUUAUUUGAUACACUUGAGAUGAACCCGCAUGUGAUGGUUAACCACCCGUGUCCUUUGCCAUCAGACUCAAAUUUCAGAUUGGAUAUACUUUACUGGAAAUUGAGGGACUUCAAUAAUUCUCAAAGAACUAAGGAGAUAUAUGAAGUAAAGCAAAGAAACGAUAGAAAAUGCAGAGAGAAACUUGCAGGUAAGAAACAUUGA